AUGGAACCUGAAGUCACUCUCAACCGGACCAACUUUGUGACUGCCACACAUCCCUGCUACGAAAUAGAUCAUUUUUAUUUCAUACUGACAAAGACCCCUUCCAUUAUUUGUGUAUUAUUAUAUAUGUUCCUAAUGUUAUUGUCUGUUAUAACAAUAUGUGGAAACCUUCUCGUUAUAAUUUCUGUCUCUUACUUCAAACAGCUCCACACUCCUACUAACUACCUUAUUCUCUCUCUGGCUGUGGCUGACCUGCUUGUUGGGAUCAUAGUCUUUCCUUUCAGCAUGGCUUUCUCACUGAGCUCGUGUUUGUAUCAUGAGGGUGUAUUCUGCAAAGUGCGAGGCAGUUUUGAUAUAUCACUGAGCUCAGCUUCUAUUCUGAACCUCUGUUGUAUUUCUAUUGACAGGUAUUAUGCAGUAUGUCGGCCUCUGACUUAUAGAACUACAAUAAGCUGUCGUGUUAUUGUGAUCAUGAUCCUGGUGAGCUGGGGGGUCUCUGUUCUAAUUGGAGUUAGCAUCAUAAUUGCUGGAUUAAAUAAUGAUAAAUGUGAGGAAAGGUGUUUAAUUGAUGUUCUCCUUGAAAACACUAUUGGACCUUUAUUGACAUUUUAUCUUCCAGUGAUAAUAAUGCUCUGUAUAUAUGUAAAGAUUUUCUUUGUGGCACAGAGACAGGCACGCAGCAUUCGUAACACAACCUGUCAGAAAACAAAGUCUGGGGCCACUGUCAGUAAGAUGGAGAGAAAGGCCACCAAAACUCUGGCUACUGUUUUAGGAGUUUUUCUAUUAUGUUUGACUCCUUUCUUUCUUUGUGUCACCUUUCUGCCUUUCAGUUAUAAUUCAGUACCAGUUCCUGUGAUGGAAACUCUCAACUGGCUUACACUGUCAAAUUCAAUGCUCAAUCCAUUUAUUUAUGCUUUCUUUUACAGCUGGUUCAGAUCAGCUUUUACAAUGAUAAUUUCUGGAAAGAUAUUUCAAGGUGAUUUUACUAACUCAAAACUGUCUUGA